AUGUUUAAGGGACGUUCCAUCUCUGCUUUGGCGAUUGCUGCACUAGCCACGACCGCGCAGUGCCAGCAGCUCAGCUAUGAAGACAGCGUCACAGCUUUAGCCUACGGUAACGUGGCUACCGCUAGCUCUUCCGAGGGAACGGUAUGGCUCAACGUUACUGGGUUUGCUGUGGAUCAACUUCCACACAUCCAAAAUGACCUUGGAAUCCAUUCUUUGGACAAUCUCGAGAUGCUCACUACCCUUGCUGGCCUUGCACAGAACGCCGCGAGUAAAGGCCAGUGGGGAGACAUCGUCUACUUAUACAGUGCCUUCGCAAUGAAUGGUUACAGUGAUUAUCUCAAUGUUUCGACUGUGGAGAUGCAGGAGUCACUCUUGGACGCUAUCACAGAUCAAGAUAGCGGCAAAGUUGAUGUCGACCUGGCCGAGCUUUACGCCAGUACCUCCAGCUCCAAAUUCUUGGUUGAAGCCUUCCAAGGUCUGAAAUCAAAGACAAACCCCCAACACAAACGCUGGCUCAGAGAAACUUGUUCAUCUGCCAACCUCGCUGUCAAGAACUCCUGUCGAAGCCUCCUUGAGAAUGUCAGAGGCAAUAUUACGUGGAAGACGGGCAGCCCUCGGAGUAUCUGCAAAUAUGGUUGCUGUAUCAGCUGGAGUGCGAAUGCCACUUUCCAGAUCGAAAAUCUCACUAAUGCUGCGAACUACUGCAUUAACGCUUGUGGUACGAGUUAUGUCAGUUGUGAGGUGUAUGGUGUCGAAUUGCAAGGGACUCUUGUGGAUCAGUGUUUGAGCAACAGAGCGACUGGUUGCAGGUAA